UUCUUGAAUUGAGAGACUACUGUAUGUUUAAUUAGUAGUAUAAGAUAAAGUGCUAAAGCUAUUAAUUAAAAUCGUUGCUAUUUUAUGUACACAAAUAUAAAUGUCCACUAUUUGCAAUAAUUAUGUUUUCAAUACUUGAUUACAUCAAUAGAGGACGAUCACAAUUCGUCGAUUCAUGAAAGGGUUAUAAGAAUUAUGUAUUUGAACGACAAAUGAAUUCCGAAUUUUUGGUUCAGUAUUGUAUGGCGAAUCCUCGAGUUGAUUGAAAUUGGAGGUUAUAUGCUUCCUUUGUUUUUUUACUGUUGAUGUCUAUUCACAGUUUUAAUUGCGCAUAAUUUUAAUUCGUAAUGGCUGAAUUUCCACUGAAAAAAGUGGAAUUACACACCGACGUGUAUAUGGUAUGUCUCCAGCAUGCUCUAUCAACAGAAAGCUUCGAAGUAAUGGGUCUUUUGAUGGGAAAUAUAGUUGACGGCGUUGCACAGAUUGUUGCUGUUCUUAUUUUACGAAGGUUGGAUAAAAAGAAAGAUAGGGUAGAAAUCUCUGAUGUACAGUUAUACAAAGCUGUUAACGAAGCAGAACGAUUAACAGAGGAAUUAAAUCGUCCUGUACGUGUCCUGGGCUGGUAUCAUUCGCACCCACACAUCACAGUUUGUCCAUCGCAUCUCGAUAUUGCAACUCAAGCAACGUAUCAAACAAUGGAUCACAAUUUUGUGGGUUUGAUAUUCUCAGUAUUUUCAGAGAGUAAGGAAUCUAAGGAACAAGAAAUCUUUCUGACUUGUUUCCAAUCACAUCAUGGGAAAGCAAUACAAAUCCCGCUAGAAAUCGUGCAUACGCCGAUACUGGAUAAAUGCUUAAAAGCGAUAACAGAAUUACCAAAGAUAUUGGUUCUAGAAGAAGAAGAGAUGGCAGGAAGAUGUAAAGAUAAUGGAGACGUUCUUGCUAGCAUACAUAACAAUGCUGUGAGAACACGGACGUUGGUUCACAUAACAGACACAAUUACGAAGCCUCUAAUACUGACAUUUGAAAAAAGAAUAGCUUUAAAUAAAUUACGUGUUGCUCAUCUUCAGAGGCAAUUACAAGAACUACAAAAACACUACAGGGUAUGUUCAUACUUGGAUGAACAUAAAUUCUUUUUUUUAUGUAAGAAAUUUUUACAAUCAAAAAAAUUCUGAUCAUUGUAAUUGUGAAGAUAAUGAUUUUCUAAGGGGUUAAACAAGACAAAUAUUUUCUUCGUUUUUUUCGUGGAUUUUUUCGAAUACACAUUCAAUUUUUUUCCACUCCUUAAUAAUAAAGUUACUAAGUUUUUAUACUAUUUAUUGUGUAAGAAAGAAAUUAGGUUAUAUGUACAAACUGUACACAGUUAUUUAAAUAAUAAAACAAGAAUUUCUUUUCUUUUUUUACUCUGAUGACUUUCUUCAUUUACUAUAAAUAAGAACAGACAAAACGAACCCUUCAGUGAUUAUUUUUAUUUUACCUUUCACGAACAAAGAUCUGGCAAUUAAUUGCACAGUUCUAUAUUUACACUACGAGAACAACAGUGUAUUUUUUUUUUUUAAUGGACUUAAAGUGUAUUCAUAACACGGAUUCUGCAGAACGAGAAAGAUGUAUAGGAUGAGAAGGACUACGUGCUAACCUUUUGCGAGGCAGCUUUUCCAGAGUAGGUAACAAUUUUGCGAAGUCGGGUCGAUUUUCUGCGUGGUAUGACCAGCAAAGCAUUAAGAUGUCCUAUAAAUUCAGUGAACAAAGUUAUGUCAAAAUAUUGUAAAAAUUGUACAGUGAAAUCGCAACAAAUGCGAUGAAACUUUUAGAUAUAAUAUGUACUUUAUGUACCAUGCGGCACCAUUCAAGACACUUCCAUAUCAAGACAGAUAUGUAUAUCUCUUUGAAAGAAAUGUCUAUAAUGAUGCUUUUGUCUAUGUGCUUCUAUUGUUUAAUAUAAAUAUACCUUUACAUCA